AUGAAGGAAGCCGAGACGAGCGGUCACAAGACUGUGCAUCGUGCUUCCAAUGCGGGCUCUCAUUUGAGUCCAUUUUCUAUACACGGAUCAACUGUUCCUGCAUCAUCAUCUGCGCCGUUGCUUGGUGUCUUCUCGGCCAAUACUGAUCAGGCUCAACCGACUCCAGUCAACACGCACGGUGCGAAUGGGGAGGCAUCCAAUACACAUGUCUAUCCACCGAGUAAAAGACAGGAUGCGUCGACGGCGCGGCUACCAUUGAGUGGAUACAAAGAAGACGCCGAUCCGACUUAUGAUCGUUCGAAUUUCAGUGUUCCCAAGCUCUCCACAGGUUCGUCGAACUUGGACUCUGAAGUAGGGGAUCUUCGGCCAAUGAUUUCCCAUUCAGCGGUCGACAUCGAGAUGACAAUGGAAAACAAUACGUCCUUGGGCUUUGAUCCUGGUCUUUUCGACCAGUCAAUGAAUUCCACCAUCAACUGGCUUCCCACCGACUUACUUCCGGGGGACUUGCUCGAUCAGACCCAGCCUGUCGGUAUCUCCUCGCAUUACAAUCAAUCUUUUGGUCCAGGCCCAUACUUCUCUCCCGUAGCAUGGCAGCCGCCAGUCGUGCUUGCUAGUCAGAACGACUCCGCGCAUCAACAGACAUCCUCCAAGCGGCCAUCCGUGCAGAUUUCUACAGCCAACAGGGACAGCCCCGGUCAAUAUUCGCAUGGUGCGAGCGAGACGUCGCCUCAAACCAUAUCUAUGGACUCCACCAAAGGCUCAGUUGGCCAUUCCACCGAGGAUUUAGGACCCAGAUAUCAGAAAUAUAGAAAGAAUCCUUCGUCAUUUGCGGACUCACCCGUCAGCUCGAUCGCCCUUGGAAAACAAAUACUUGAAGACACUGAGCGUCGGUUCGAAUUUCCUGUCAUCUCCGAGAUCUGUGCGGAUCAGACAUCGGCAGAUCCGAAACGACGCACCAAAAGCAUCGAAUCUUCGACUUACGAUGAGAUACAUCGACAAUUUAUAUCGCUUUGUUACCGCGAGAAUCCGUUCUACAAGGUCUUCGAAACGGAGAGAUUUCCAACAGCGGACCAGCUCACCUGGUUUGUUGGACUCUUCUUUGAUUCCUUCCAGACUGUAUAUCCGAUAUUGCAUCUUCCAGCUUUCAAUCCAAAUUCAUGCCACUGGCUAUUGAUAACAUCAAUAGCAGCGCUCGGCUGCCAUGUCGCACACAUCCCUGAGACGGAACAGUGCACAGCGGCUCUCCACGAGUUUGUUCGACGAGGUAUCCUUGUUGAGAAAGAAAAGACCCACCCGGCUCGAACUUCUCUCGAGACCCUGCAAGCUAUGCUGUUCAACUGUAUCGGAUUGAUUCAUAGCGGAGCUGAACGAGAUAUCUCCUCGGCCUUGAGCAGCUUUGGUGAUCUCGUAGCGCUUUCGAACACCACCCGAUUAUUGGCACCGCGAAAUCUCCACCUAGAUGGGGCAUCACAUGAUGCAGAUUGGAUCUGUUGGGCUCAAGAUGAGACCAGGAGACGAACUGGCUACUGCAUAUGGCUACUGGACUCCAACGAAUCAUUAUAUGACGCCGUGCACAUCCUCUACGUUGAGAAACGCCUGAUACCAGGCAUUGGCGAAUUCAGUCACAUCCUACUCAUUCACGCUCUCUACCAUCGAAUGUGGGAAGUAGGUGACUACUUUCGUCGACCAUUAUCAUUCUGGACCCCCACCGCCAAAAAGCAAUCCCGUGAAACCGCCAUCCCCACCGGCUCUGUCUGGCUCCCCGGAAUCCCAUCCUAUUCGAAAUGGCGCAACAGCGCAUGUGACUGUCUAGACAUCCUGCACUGGACCGCAAACAGUACCGUAGCCAAAGCCGCCGGCCUCGAGCACCCGACCAUUCUUCACCUCCAUACCGCACGACUAAUUCUCCUCGCUCCAUUCCGCGAAAUGCGAUCACUCGCCACCGCUCUGGCGACCGAAAAGCUACCCUGGAGCAAGCGACACCAAUCCCUGGAAUGGCAGUAUAUCCGACGCUGGAUCGAGCACGAUCAAUACAAAGCGCGCCUAUCAAUAGUUCACGCUGGCGUGACCCUCUGGCAUAUCCGUCGCUAUUCAACCAAUUCGUUCCACGAACCUGUCGCGACAUUCAUCGCUAUUCUGACUCUAUGGGCAUACGGAGCUUGUCAUGCGCAUGCGUCACACGACUCGAGUCCGCUUCCUCAUUCGCAGGCGCGUGUUGAGCCUGGACAUGAGCCGCGUUUCAUUCAUUUGGAUCGUCCGUGUGAUGAUGAGCUUGUGCAGCUCUUUGUUCGGGACGGUCAUGCAAUGAAGGCAAAUCUUACCGGUGUUGGUGAUCUUUGUGGAGCUGAGGGUCCGGAAAGACAUUUGCGAGUUGGUUGUGAGAUUCUUUCGGGGUUGAGUGCGUGGGGUUAUUCGAGGAAGUUUGUGGCGAUCUUGACUAGGCUUGCUGACUUGACUGCGCAUCACUCGUCUUGGAAUCAUUCGUCAGUGUGA